AGGAGGCCUUAGAGAAGGCCAGCCCAGUCCCCAGGAGCAGAGAUGACGUGAAGAGGCUCCUGAAGCUGCACAAGGACCGGUAGGGUCUCACCGAACCACCUGUCCCCAGGUCACUUCAGCCGUCUUCUCUUGGGGUUUCCCAUUUCCUCAAGGUCAAAGAGCCUGUGUGCCUCAGCUCCCUACUUAGACCCAUUCAGGGCACGCCUUCACCAAAGAAGAGAGAUCCUGCCCUCAAGGCACCUAGUCCAGUGGCAGAGACAGAUCCCUCCCUCACCAGUGACAGCCCAGAGUGGUCAGAGCUGUAAUGAGGGAGCCCCCAGGGCGGGCCUGGCCAAGGCUGGGGGUUAAGGGGGCCUGAGAACUGUCCCGGGUGUGAUGAGGAGAAUGAACAGCCCGUGCAGAGUUGCAGGCUGAAAUGGAGAGGUGUUCUUCUCAAGGAUCUGCAAAUAUUUCUGUAACAGGACAGGGGAGGUGGUAAACAUGGGGUUUCUUUUUUUUUUUUUUUUAAGAUUAUUUAUUUGACAGAGACACAGCGAGAGAGGGAACACAAGCAGGGGGAGUGGGAGAGGGAGAAGCAGGCUUCCCCCGGAGCAGGGAGCCCGAUGCGGGGCUCGAUCCCAGGACUCUGGGAUCGUGACCUGAGCCGAAGGCAAACGCUUAACGACUGAGCCACCCAGGCACCCCAAACAUGGGGUUUCAACAGGUGGACAAGAGCCCAGAUCACACAGGGCACGGGCGCCACGUGGAGGGAGGUGGACUAUCCUGAGGGCACUGGGAGCUUCGGAAAGGCCUUGCACAGGGAGGGAGGCUACCUGUGGGGACUGGAGGUGGUGAGACAGUAAAGGGGUUCAGGAGGAAGCUGGAGCACCCAGAGAUCCAGGCGGGAGGGGGCUAGGCCCAGGCUGGGGCUGUGGUGACCCGGUGUAACAAUGAGUGAAUUGCCCAGACUCAGGGAAGAAACUUCUAGCUCUCUAGACAAGUUUCUAAUAUGUUUGGUUAGGACAUUUGUCAGGCACUAUUCUAAGUGUGUUUAGAUAUUGAUUUCAUCCUCUCAGUGAUUCUGUAGGAUGGGAACUAUUAUCAUAUUCCAGAUGAGGAAACUGAGGCUCAUGGAGCUGAAGUCCCUUACCCACAGCACUUAGAAUUCUGAGCCCAGUUGGCAUUCUGGCAGCAGGCCUUCAUGCUUUUAACCGCUGUGCUAUCAUCUUCCAUCAGGACGGUGCUUCCAACUGGGAACCAGGAGCUUUGGGUUUUCUGCCCAGCCUUGCUCUUUCACUGGCCUUGGAACAGAAAUACUGGAUACGCAUGUUGCCCAGCCCCUCCUGAGCCCUGGGGCCUCAUCCAGAUCAAACCUUUCUGAGUGACUUCCCCAAGGGUGGGGCUGGGCAGGCCUGCAAGAGCUCACUAUCCAGUUUCAGAAGUGACUUGCAAUGGAUCCUCUUCUGUGCCGACCUGCCCUCCCUCAUCCAGGAAGGCCCUCAGUGCGGGCUGGUGGCCUUGUGGAUGGCAGGCACACUGCUGGCACCACCCAGUGGCAUCCCCCUGGAGAGACUUGUGCAGAUGGCCGUGGAGAGAGGCUACACGGCCCAGGGAGAGAUGUUCUCCGACGUGGCAGUUGCAGUGAUGAUUCGAGGUGCCGAUCCCCAGUUAGCCCACGGCUUGCAGCCAGGCACACAGCGAUCCUUCUGUCUCUGUCACCCCUGCAGUGGCCGACAUGGGCAAGCUGGCCUGGGAGGCACUGGGCUGCCAGGCUGAGCAGCUCCACGGUGGCCUGGGCGGUCCCAACAGAGCCCGUGUCCUGCAGCACCUUGUCUCCGGACACCCCAUGCUCAUCCCGUAUCCCACGGCCCAGAGGGGAGCUGGGUGGGGAUGGAGAAGGGUGGAUCCCAGGGCCACACCACAGCUUUGGCCUUAACCCCCCCGGCACCAGCUACGACGAGGACUUCAACCACGAGCCGUGUCAGAGGAAGGGCCACAAGGCCCACUGGGCAGUGAGCACAGGGGUCCUGCUGGGUGUGCGGGCCGUGCCAGGCCUCGGCUACUCUGAGGACCCCGAGCUGCCAGGUCUGUUCCACCCAGUGCCCAGCAUGCCCCGCCAGCCACCAGCCCUGCCAGAGGAAGGCUCCCCAGGAGCCGUCUACCUCCUCUCCAAGCAGGGCAAGAGUUGGCAUUACCAGCUGUGGGACUACGACCAGGUCCGGGACAGCAACCUACAGCUGACGGACUUCUCGCCGUCACGGGCCGCCGACGGCCGGGCGUACGUGGUGCCUGCAGGCGGGGUGCGGGCCGGCCUCUGUGGCCAGGCCCUGCUCCUCAGACCGGGGGACUCCAGCCACUAGCCCGCUGCAGCCCUGAGGCCGGCUGACAGGGCCACGGCCACAGCUGGGCUCUGUCACCACGUGAAGGGUGCUCCGGUUUCUCCCUUUGCAAGAGCCCGCCAAGUGUGGGCUCCGUUCCCAAGGACCUCCAGCCAGAGAUCCUCCACGCGGAGGCCCCCUCCCACCCGUCCGUCCGGUCCCAAUCCCCUUCUCCCACGCCCACCCCCCCAGUAUUGGGCUCCUGAUGUGUGGCUGGGGUUCAAGCCGGGAGCCAACCAGACAAGCUCCCUCUCCAGGGAAGAGACUUGGCCACAGCUCGGCCCACAGGUCCUGCCUGGCUGCCUCACCUCAGUGUUGCAUCCAGCCAUUUCUCACUGGUGACCAGCCUCUUCUAAAGGACCCGCCUCUCUCUGGACACCUGCAGGAGCCUCACCAGACCCCUUGCUGCCCCCCAGCGUCUGUUCCCACGGAGCCUAGGAAGCCUUGCCUUUCAAAAUGCAAACCGGGGCUUAACCACUCGCCUCCAGAGAAGCUUCCAGCAGCUCCUAGUUGCUCACAGGAUAGGGAUUAAACUCUCCCAGCCCCAGCUCAUCAUGCUUUCUGCCGCUAGCCACACUGGCCUUCCAGGUCGCUAGAGUGCCCUAUUCCCCUGCACCCAACCCUCUGCCGAGGAUAACUACUUAAUUCUCUAUUUUGGCUCAUCUUCCUCAGGAAGACUCCCUAGCCCCAGGCGCGGCCCCUCCCCCACCUCUUGUUCUGAUUUAGAACCGAAUGUGCUUCUAUGUGCCAACCCCUUUGCUCAUUUUAACUCAUCAAAUUCUCCAACCACGAAAGGAAGGGACUAGAUCUUCCUCCAUUUUACAGAUGGAGAGACUGAGGCCUGGAGAAGUGUGGUGACGGGCCUGAGGUCACAUGGCUGGCAAGUGGCAGGGCCAGGAUUCAAACCUGGCGGUUAGUAGCUAUACAGCUGUGGGUGGAGAAAGAGGUUAUUGAUUGAAUGAGGACCUGUUGCUUCUACUCUGAAAGGGAGGAACAGGUCCGUCUUGGUCACCUGUGUACCCAGUGCCAGGCAAAGGGUCUUAUUUAGAGAUGCUGUACAGUGUGGUGUCCCCCCCCCACCCAAAGAGGAGCACCCCCGCCCUGGCCCCUCUGCACCAGAGCACCCCAGCCCUGACACCCUGGUUGGUGCUGUCUGGCGCACUGUCCUGGGAGGCCGUGAGGGUGCAGCUGGGAGCUGUCUGGGUCACUAGUCUGUUCCCCACGUCAUCCAACACGGAGCCAGGCACAAGAGCAGCUGCUGGGUGGAUGCUGACUGGAUGAACCGGCUUGCUCUGCAUCCCAAACCACUCAUGAUCCCAUGCCCCCACCUGGCACUAAUGGUGAAACUGGGAGCUUUGAGCCCACACACCCCAGACAUAAAAGAAAAAAGUCCAGGGCGCCUGGGUGGCUCAGUCGUUAAGCGUCUGCCUUCGGCUCAGGUCAUGAUCCCAGGGUCCUGGGUUCGAGUCCCGCACCGGGCUCCCUGCUCUGCGGGGAGCCUGCUUCUCCCUCUCCCACUCCCCCUGCUUGUAUUCCCUCUCUCGCUGUGUCUCUCGCUGUCAAAUAAAUAAAUAAAAUAUUUUUAAAAAAAAAAGAAAGAAAGAAAAAAGU